AUGUCGAAACGAGCAGCGGAGACCAGCCGUGAGACCACGCGUAGCAAACGAGCCGUAGAUCUGGAUCGGAAGCUGCGUGGGGGAUAUGAGGGAUAUGCCCCCGCAGACGCAGACGCAGCGAUCGAGGUAAUCGACGAGCCCACGGAUGAGCAGUCUGUGCGGGCUUUCUACGCGAGAUACGUGGCUGGGAGACGGCCAUGCAAGAUCCGGGCGCGCACUGCGGGCAGUUAUGAUUGGGCACGAUUAAGUAGCGCUAGGGUGCUGGAAGUAGUAACCGGUGCGCAGGUGCUGCAGGUGGAGCGGAAGGUGGACGGUGGGUUCGGGAGCGGCGCACAGCGCCUCUCAAUGCCGUUUGGGGAGUUCCUUGAGCGGCUGCGUUGCGGCGAAAGGGACCUGUACCUGACUACGCAAUACAGUGAUGAUUUGCAGGCGGCGGAGAGCGAGAAUGAGGAAGAAGAUGAGGAAGAAGAUGAGGAAGAAGAUGAGGAAGAGACCGCGGGCACAUGCGCAGCUGGGUUCGGUGACGUGGCAAAAGACGACUAUGAGGGCGACAGUGCUACAGAAACGGAGCGCUCGGAUACUUUUACGACCGCGCUAGACACUAUCGGCGACGAGGACUCGGACGGCAUUGCUGUUGGUGAUGUGCACGAUGACUACGAUGAGCUGGAGGAUGGUGCCGCUCCUAUAGCGGAGUUGGAGACGGGGCCAUUGUAUGAGCUCGAGGCGCAGGAGCGCCUGCGCGAGUUGUACCAGGCGCCACUGACGGAGUUGGCAAGCAACUUGCCUAUGUUACCGGCCUUUCUUCCCAGCCUAAUACCGCAGCAAAUAAAUAUAUGGAUGGGUGGUGCGGCGGUAAACGACCGUGCCUACUUGUCGGCGGACAUGUUCGAUCCUAAAGACGACAUGCUCGGCCUGGGAAGGCGGCUCCCCGGCGCUGGAACCUCUUCCGGGCUGCACCAUGACCACGCGGACAACGUUUACAUUCCUAUUGAGGGUCAUAAAAGGUUCACUUUGUUCUCUCCCGCAGAUGCAGCCAAAAUGUACACGAUCGGCGAUAUUGAACAGCUACAUCAGAGUGGCGUAAUUGACUACAAGCGUAACGAUAAGGCCCCCGGCUGGCGUUCGCUACGGGAUGACGGCGCCAUUGUUGCGGAAGUAGCUGCGCAUAUAUUGGAGUUAGACUCCGAGAGCUUAUCAGACAAAGAGAAGCAGACGCUCCGUAGAACAAUCGAAGAAGACAGCGAGAUGGACAAUGCCCAGGGCAGCGAGCCGCCACACUUCUCUCGUGUGCCUCCUGCGGCGGUGCAUCUUAGUGAAAUAGAAGACGAACAGCUUCGAGGCCUUAUUCAGAAGGAAGUCCGCGUGCGUUGGCCGUUAUUUGAACGGGCUCAUCGGAUUGUGGUCGAUGUAGAACCAGGUGAGUUGCUGUGGUUACCUACUGGUUGGUUCCAUGAAGUCACCUCGCUUGGCGACAAAGAAACCAAUAUCCAUACUGCAGUGAACUAUUGGCUAAUACCGCCGACGGGGUCCGAUAUGGAUGAACCGUAUACCAACAAGGAUAGGUAUUGGCCACUAGACUUCGAGCGUACCAAAGCUGCUCUGGCCGUAGCCAAGAGCAAGUAG